CACCAUCAUCAGUUCAGCAUUCAGCAGCACAAGUUAAAGCAAGUUUUAAUAUUUCAUCAACACAAAAUCAAAUCUUUUGUUUAGUUUUUGAAGAUUCCAUUCUUCUUUUUGGGUUUCUUACUUUGUCUAUAUAAACAGGAUUUCUUUCCUUCUUGUCUCGCCACAAAUCUUUAUUCCAUUUCCUUCUGUUUAACUUCUCUGUAGCUGAGACUUUCGUUUUUUUAUUUUAUUUUUUGCUUUAACAACAAUGGCUCCAAGUUUGAGCAAAGGAGACUCUUUUGAUGAUACUCUUGUUAAUGGCUAUAACCAGUCAAUGGUCAGCCUGGAGGGAUCGAAACUAAUGGCGAAUGGCCAUGUGUUUCUCAGUGAUAUUCCUGAUAACAUCACUGUUACUCCUUCUCCGUACACCGCCGACAAGACGGUGUCCUCCGUUGGAUCCUUCGUCGGAUUCAACAGUGCUGAACCCAGUAGUCGCCACGUGGUUCCUCUAGGGAAGCUCAAAAGCUUACGGUUUAUGAGCAUUUUCAGGUUCAAGGUUUGGUGGACGACUCACUGGGUCGGCUCCAACGGGGGAGACCUCGAGCACGAGACCCAGAUGGUGGUUCUCGACAAAUCCGACUCGGGUCGGCCGUAUAUUCUCCUUCUCCCUCUCGUUGAAGGGCAGUUCCGAGCUUCUCUCCAGCCCGGAAUCGACGACAACGUCGACAUUUGCGUCGAAAGCGGGUCGACGAAAGUCUCCGCCGCCGCCUUCCGAAGUGUACUUUAUGUGCAUACCGGUGAGGACCCCUUCAGCUUGGUGAAAGAAGCAAUGAAAGUCAUUAGACUUCAUUUGGGAACUUUCAAGCUUUUGGAGGAAAAAACACCUCCACCAAUCGUGGACAAAUUUGGUUGGUGCACGUGGGACGCAUUUUACCUUACGGUGAACCCGCAGGGGGUCAUGGAAGGCGUCAAAGGUUUCGUCGACGGUGGGUGCCCACCCGGAUUCGUAUUGAUCGACGACGGAUGGCAGUCCAUCAGCCACGAUGAGGACCCCAUCACCAAAGAAGGCAUGAACCACACCGUCGCCGGGGAACAAAUGCCUUGCAGGCUUCUAAAAUUCGAAGAAAAUUAUAAAUUCAGAGACUAUAAAGGCCCAAAUAACUCGGCCAACAGCUGCAAAGGCAUGGGCGCAUUCAUCAAAGAUCUCAAGGAGGAGUUCAAAAGCGUGGAUCAAGUUUACGUUUGGCAUGCACUGUGUGGAUACUGGGGCGGCUUGAGGCCUAAGGUGCCAGGAUUGCCGGAAGCUAGCAUUGUGAAGCCGAAACUUUCUCCGGGAUUGAAGAUCACGAUGGAGGAUCUGGCUGUUGAUAAGAUCGUCAACACCGGAAUAGGGCUGGUUCCACCGGAGAUCGUUGAUCAAAUGUAUGAAGGGCUCCACUCACAGUUGGAGAAAGUUGGAAUUGAUGGGGUCAAAGUUGACGUUAUCCAUCUCUUGGAAAUGUUGUGCGAGAAUUAUGGAGGCAGAGUGGAUCUUGCAAAAGCUUAUUUCAAGGCGUUAACUGAGUCAGUAAGGAAGCAUUUCAAGGGCAAUGGAGUAAUUGCAAGUAUGGAGCACUGUAACGAUUUCAUGUUUCUUGGGACAGAAGCCAUUGCUCUUGGUCGUGUUGGUGAUGACUUUUGGUGCACUGAUCCAUCUGGCGAUCCAAACGGUACGUUUUGGCUGCAAGGGUGUCACAUGGUGCACUGUGCCUACAACAGCUUGUGGAUGGGCAAUUUCAUUCAACCGGAUUGGGAUAUGUUCCAAUCUACUCACCCUUGCGCCGAGUUUCAUGCGGCUUCCAGGGCCAUUUCCGGCGGUCCAAUUUAUGUCAGUGACACUGUUGGCAAGCACAACUUCCCCCUGCUCAAACGCUUAGCCAUGCCCGAUGGAUCCAUUCUCCGGUGUGAAUCCUACGCUCUUCCCACCAAAGACUGCCUCUUUGAAGACCCUCUUCAUGAUGGCAAAACCAUGCUCAAGAUUUGGAACCUCAACAAGUUUACUGGAGUUAUCGGAGCAUUCAACUGCCAAGGAGGAGGAUGGUGCCGUGAGACUCGACGGAACCAAUGCUUUUCUCAGUAUUCUCACAAGGUGACAGCCACGACCAACGCUAAGGACAUUGAAUGGAACACUGGGAAGAACCCCAUUUCCGUUGAAGGAGUUGAAGUUUUCGCCAUGUACUUGUCGGAGUCCAAGAAACUCCUUCUCUCAAAACCAACUGAUGACAUUGAAAUUUCCUUGGAGCCCUUCACAUUCGAACUCAUAACUGUUUCUCCAGUCACCGUUUUGCCUGGAAAGUCUGUGCAGUUUGCUCCUAUUGGCCUGGUGAAUAUGCUCAACACUGGCGGUGCUAUCCAGUCCUUCUCUUACGGCUGGAACUCUGUGAAGAUUGGAGUUAAGGGAAGUGGAGAAAUGAGAGUGUUUUCUUCGGAGAAACCGAAAGCUUGCAAGGUUCAUGGAGAAGAUGCUAUGUAUGAAUAUGAAGGGAAAAUCGUCGUUCUGCAAGUGCCAUGGUCAAGUCCUUCUGGUUUAUCUGUAAUUGAGUACUUAUUUUAAGAGUAAAGAUCUAUAUAUAUAACAUGUAAAAUUUAAUUUCUUCAAACUUACCAGUAACUGUAAGUAAGUAAUUGCUAAGUGUUUGAUUUCUCCGAGUAAUAAAGUACAGUUACUACUAA